ACUAUAAGAGAAGUGUUGUAGGACCGUGAAUGGCAGUGACAGCUAGAGAAUAACUUUAGCAAGUUUGUGCAUCUAUGGAGCUUUGUGAAUGAUUCGAUGGAACGAAAAACUGGGUCAGGUUUAAUAUAGUCGCAUCCGAAUUGGUACCAAACGUACGAGUUUGGAUUGUGCUCAAAAUCAGGAUCAAAUCUGUUUUUUGUUUUUUGUUUUUUGGUAGGAGUAAACAGAUUUCGUUCUUGGUGGGUCAAAUCACAUCAAAACAAUGAGUAGGUAUGGAUCAGCUCGCUCUUUAUUUUGCUCCCUCUCCGUUUAAGUGUCGAUGUAAACAAAAUGUCUAACGAAAUCACUGAUGACUUUGAUGAAAGCAAGUGUGAGCUGGUCAAAUAUGUGAUUUUAAAAAAAGAAAUAGAGGAUGAAGAUAUCCAGUUUACCUCUAUUGAGCUUCAUACAACACUCAAGAUCACAGUGGUUCUUCAGGGUCAGUCGAUUACAAGGUCAAAAGUCAGCCCUUACAAGUAUCGAGUCUACACUCAUCAAGGCACUGUGUCUGAUACAAAGGAUGAGAAUUCAGGAAUCAAGAAGAGUUACUUAGCCAAGACUGGUCCCGAAGCUUUGAAGAUCUUUCAGGAGCAACAUGACAUCUGGGCCUCUGAACCUCACAACAUGACGAAAACUACGACGAUGCUUUCUCGAUGGCUCGGAUCCAAUGUGCUCACAAAGCGUCUCCUGGAGUCUCAAGCAUCCAAAGGAGAGGUUUCCUCUGAGGUAGCUCGACUUGCGGACAAUCUUUGGAAGGAAUCGAUGGGAGAGCUAUCCGAGGUCCUUACAGUCCCUGUCAAAGCUAUACCUCUCGGGAAGGUCGAGAAAGCCGAGUCAGUUCUCCUGCAGAUCAAGCGCGCCCUCCUUGACAAGGAAACGAAGGAUGACUCGGUGAUUCACGGACUGAGUGAGCAGUUUCAUGAGCUGAUACCAUACAAGGCCGAGUGCAGAAAUGAUCUCACUAAUAUGAGAAUGGUCGCGGUCAAACAAGACCUCUGUCAGCUGAUCCAAGACGUGAUAAAUGUGAACGAGGCACUAGGAUGGAAGAAACAACCAUCAGCCAAAUCUAAGUAUCGGGCCAUGAGGUGUUAUAUUGAGAGCUUAGAUACAGAUCAUCCAGAAUACAAGCAAGUUGAAGAACUCGUCAUGAGCACUACUCAACCCAUUGAUGAUGAGGUCUCGAUACAACGAAUCUUUGCUGUCAAUCGGGCCCUUGAUGAGUUCAAAUUCAACAGAACCAUCGGCAACGAACGACUCCUCUUCCACGCAUCCAAGGCUUGCAACUUCCUCGGAAUCCUAUCUCGCGGUAUCCUGCUACCAAAGAUCGUGGUCGAGAUGUUUGGAAUAGAUCGUUGGGAUGCAGGCAUGCUUGGGAGUGGAAUCUACUUCGGCGAUUGUAUGAGCACCUGUGCGAAGUACUCCGCACCUGGGAAGUUUACAGGCACUCGUUUCUUGGCAGUCAACAACGUAGCUCUAGGGGAGAGCAAGGAUAUCUAUGAAAAGAGGACAGACAUUGAGAGUGCGCCUGACGGGUUUAACAGCGUUCAUGGAGUUAGGAAGACAGACCAAGUUGAAUCUUUCUUCGUGGACGACGAGUAUGUCGUAUACCAAGCCAACCAGCACUGCCUUCGCUACCUCGUCGAGUUCAAGCUGACAGAAAGAAACUCUGAUGAGACCGACAACCAGACUACCUCGGCAUCACAGGCUUCGGUGAGUGACCAUAGUAGCACCGAAGAUACCGACUCUGAUGAUGACAUCGAUGACGAAAUAGACAUUCUGGAUGUCCAAGGGAUGGUGUAUCCUGAAGCAAAGGUCAAAGCAGGUCUCAAUACGACAGGGGAAGGUCAAGUUGAAUUAGAAGCUGUCCACGUCAGAGCAUCAAUCAUCGACCUGGCAGCAGAGGUAAUUGUUCUACAGAAGUACCGGAACGUUGGUGAAGAGACUGCAGACACCCGUUAUGUCUUUCCUCUUGACGAGCGAGCAGCGGUGUGCGGAUUCGAUGCUUAUAUCAAUGGCAAGCGCGUCAUCGGGAUCGUCAAGGAGAAGGGGCAAGCGAGGAAGUCGUACGACAAGGCCAAACAGGAAGGACAUGGAGCUUAUCUCAUGGAAGAAGAAGCGACGAAUGUCUUUACGAUCACUGUUGGAAACCUACCACCUGGAUCGUGUGUCAUCAUCUCGGUCAGGUACGUCACUGAGCUGGUCAUCGAAGGAGAUCGUAUCGCGUUCAACCUACUUGGUAGCGUAGCACCAUGGAAGAAGAAAGAAAUCCUGACCGGCAAGUUCGAUGACAAGGGCGACGCCGUAGAUGGCGUUGUCGAGAACCAGCAAAAUAGGAGUGAAUCUUUCAUGGCUAGGGUUGUGAUGCCUUCCAAUAUUAGAAGCGUCCACUGCCCUACUCACUCAAUCAAGAUUCAGAAAAAAGAUGAGAAACUGUUCGAGAUAGCAAUGUGUGACGGUGACAGAUUGGUGGACGGUCUUCAGCUAUUGGUUGACAUGGAUGACGCACACAAGCCACGGAUUUGGCGGGAGAAACUCUCUGAUGAUAAUAAGAGACAGGCAUGUAUGGUAGUCUUCUAUCCUGAAUUUCCUGUGACAACCAUAUCGAACCCUGAAGUCGUCAUCAUGCUAGAUCGUUCGACAUCCAUGAAAGGACAACCCAUGAAAGAUGCAAAGAAGUUGGUUCAUAUGAUCCUAGAGAGUCUUCCAGCAGGGUGCCGAUACAACCUCGUCGUCUUUGGAAACGAUUUCGAUGAGCUGUACCCAACCAGCGUCUUAGCAACUGAUGAGAACAUCAAGCACACGGAAACGUUCUUGAUGACGGUGACUUGGGAGCGUGGAGCCACAGAGGUAUGGAGACCUUUGAGAGCCAUGUCUCUACUCUCAUCCAGUGAUGUUCGUCUGACCAGCAACGGUUUCCUCAUCUCUGAUGGUCACGUGACCAAUGAACAGGACACGCUCUUGGAAGUAGCGAGUAAUCGGCAGAUCAACCGCCUCUUCACAUUCGGUGUUAGUUCUGACUCGAACCGUCACGUUCUGCGUACUCUGGCUGAUACAGGAGGUGGUGCUUAUGAACAGUUUGACCCUAGGAGCAAAUCCACGUGGGAAGCAAAGGUACAAGCACAGGUGAGACGUUCAUGUCAGCCGGCAGCCACGUCAAUCAAAGUCAACUGGAUCUCAUCAGAGGGAAAGACACCAAGAACUUUGACACGGAAGGAGAUUGUGCAAACUCCUUCCCAGAUUGCAUCACUCUUCACGGGGUCGCGAUUGGUUCUUUACGCCAUGGGACCAGAGGUUACAAAGGUUGAACUCGAAGCAGAGAUCGAAGGAAGAACCGAAUCUUUCACUGUAACAGCCGACCUAACACCAACUUCAACAGGUUUGACUCUACAUCGCCUGGCAACCCGAGGAAUUGUGAGAGACUGGGAGCUUGGCUCUGUCCAUGCUAACAGACUGGAGAAUGAUGCCAUGAUGGAUGAUGUGAAGAGACAUCUGAUAGAGCUAGGAGUUCAGUUUAACAUCGUUUCUCCUCUCACCAGCUUUAUCGCCAUAGAAGAGAGGGAUGAGGAGGAUGAGAACAAAGAUACCGAGGGACCUUCGAUAACAGCUAUCCUAGAAGGCUUGUGGCCAACUCCUUAUCAUACCAAUCAUCCUUGGGUAGUUCAGGAGGCAUCUACAGGAAUAGAAACGAGCUGCAGUAUGACCCAACUGAACGAGGCUUUGGCGCGUGCGGGUAGCGCACAGAAGUCCUUCUCCUUCAUCACGGCUGAGCAUCAGUACAAACAAGCCAUGAAUCUCGCUACUAAAUCCUUUGAACCACUUCAUCCAGCUAUAAAGAAGGCGUGCCUUGCCUUAGCCCGGUUUCAUCUCCGUGUGAAGGGCGAAGUACAACUAGCAAACGAGGUACUCAAUGACUACAUGCAAGAAUCAAAGACAGUAGCGACCACUGAGCUGGACAGGAAACUCACGAACAUGGCCAAGAUAUGCAAAAAUCUACUCAACCAGAUAGCUCAAGAAGAAGAAGGGGCCAGUAAGGCUACAUCAUCACCUGCUAAAUUGGCAGUCGACAGAUCCAAGGAGCACUUCCACGAGAAGGAAGACCUAAAGACUGGGAAAGAACAAGAGCAGGAUGUGGAAGCGACAAUCCCUAUCGGCACACGAGCCCAAAUCGACGCGUCUUCUCGCAAAGAUGAGAUUGAGACAGAGGAAUAUGCUGUGGAAAUCAAUUCCGAAUCAUUGUCUGCCGAGGAAGAAAUGAUAAUCGCUCCAAUGCAGGUCGAUGACCAAGAAAGUAUGCCUGAUAUGUACGGAGAGGAAGAAGAUCAAUCUCCUGAUGAAUAUAUUGUCCGGCGUGUUGUCCGGCGUGUAGUUCACUCAGCCAAAAUGACAAAUGCCGUAGCGGAACCAUACGACACUGCCGUGGCAGAACCCGUUGAGAGUGCCAGAGUGGAAUAUAUUGAGUCAGAUGUCAUGGAGUUACGAGCCGCGUCACCUUUGAUGUUGGAAGCUGAACGUUCUCCAUCUCCAGUAAUGUUACAGGCCCAACGUGCUCAAUCUCCUGUCCAGAUGGUGCAUGCAGUUCAAUCAGCCCAACGGUCAUAUGCAACUGCCAUGGCAGAACCCGUUGAGAGUGCCAGAGUGGAAUAUAUUGAGUCAGAUGUAAUGGAGUUACGAGCCGCGUCACCUGUGAUGUUGGAAGCUGAACUUGCUUCAUCUCCAGUAAUGUUACAGGCCCAACGUGCUCAAUCCCCAGUCCAGAUGGUGCAUGCAGUUCAAUCAGCCCAACAGUCAUAUGCACCUGACAUGGCAAAACCCGUUGAGAGUGCCCGAGUGGUAUGUAUUGAGUCAGAUGUAAUGGAGUUACGAGCCGCGUCACCUUUGAUGUUGGAAGCUGAACGUUCUCCAUCUCCAGUAAUGUUACAGGCCCGACGUGCUCAAUCCCCUGUCCAGAUGGUGCAUGCAGUUCAAUCUGCCCAACGGUCAUAUGCAACUGUCAUGGCAGAACCCGUUGAGAGUGCCCGAGUGGUAUGUAUUGAGUCAGAUGUAAUGGAGUUACGAGCCGCGUCACCUGUGAUGUUGGAAGCUGAACGUGCUUCAUCUCCAGUAAUGUUACAGGCCCAACGUGCUCAAUCCCCAGUCCAGAUGGUGCAUGCAGUUCAAUCAGCCCAAUGGUCAUAUGCAACUGCCAUGGCAAAACCCGUUGAGAGUGCCCGAGUGGUAUGUAUUGAGUCAGAUGUAAUUGAGUUACGAGCCGCGUCACCUGUGAUGUUGGAAGCUGAACGUUCUCCAUCUCCAGUAAUGUUACAGGCCCAACGUGCUCAAUCCCCUGUCCAGAUGGUGCAUGCAGUUCAAUCUGCCCAACGGUCAUAUGCAACUGUCAUGGCAGAACCCGUUGAGAGUGCCCGAGUGGUAUGUAUUGAGUCAGAUGUAAUGGAGUUACGAGCCGCGUCACCUGUGAUGUUGGAAGCUGAACGUGCUUCAUCUCCAGUAAUGUUACAGGCCCGACGUGCUGAAUCUCAUAUCCAGAUGGUGCAUGCAGUUCAAUCAGUCCAACGGUCAUAUGCAACUGCCAUGGCAGAACCCGUUGAGAGUGCCCGAGUGGAAUAUAUUGAGUCAGAUGUAAUGGAGUUACGAGCCGCGUCACCUGUGAUGUUGGAAGCUGAACUUGCUUCAUCUCCAGUAAUGUUACAGGCCCAACGUGCUGAAUCUCAUGUCCAGAUGGUGCAUGCAGUUCAAUCAGUCCAAGCAAGACGAGCUCCAUCUCCAGUAAUGUUACAGGAAGUUGCUUCCGAGCUCGAGCCAUACGAGGCAGGAUCCCGUGUCCAGAUGAUGCCAUCAGUCACACAUACAGUAUGUCGACGUAUUGAGUCAGAUGAAGUGCGGUUACGAGUCGCGUCACCUGUGAGGGUGGUAGCAAGACGAGCUCAAUCUCCAGUAAUGUUACAGGAUGUUACUGAACAUCUUGAUCUGAUGAUGAGUGAAAUGCAAUCUGAUGAUGUUGGUCAAGAUUCAACUUCAGUAUCAAUGUUGAGAAAAAAAAACCUUGAGUCAGAAGAAGAGGAGUUACGAGCCGCGUCACCUGUGAUGUUGGAAGCUGAACGUUCUCCAUCUCCAGUAAUGUUACAGGCCCAACGUGCUGAAUUUCCUGUCUUGAUGAUGCGUGAUGUUCAAUCAGCCCAACUGUCUGAACUUGAUGAGCAGCUUCAGGAGAAUAUCGACCAGGCACGGCAAGUCCUCGAUGUCUGUGCGCCUUACAAGACUUACCUGACCACCUCUCAGAAGGAUAGGGAAGAUGACGAGAGCGUUGAUGAGAUAGUGAAAGAUCCAGAUGAACGAGAAAUAGAAACAAUGAGGCGUUUGUUGAAGAUAUCAAACGAGGAUGAUGACGGUUGGUGGACAUGGGAUCUCACAGAUUUCGAGAAAGAAUUCGGGGUCGAUUGCAGUGAAAUUGUUGCUGUGCUUCAGAACCCUACCAAGAGCUUCAGCUUGGAUGAGAGCUUAGCUGAUAAAUGGAUGUCUUCAAUGGAUUUAAUCAGGAAGAUUGUAGCGGCGGCUCUAGUGCUGUCUAUUUUCGACAUGUGGAUAUCACUGGUAGAGCCUAAUGUCUCUACACUGAUUCACGAUAACUCCGCCAUCCUCUUCAUUCCUGCACAGAUACAGGAGUGGUUGAAACAUUGCUUACCAGGUAAUGUCAGUCAGCUCUACACCAUUGCCUUUGGGGAAACGACCACCUGGGCGUCAAUCCUGAAGCAAUUCCCAUCCGAUAUCAUCGAGGUUUUCAUGCGCCCUAUCAGGCAUUGCAUGACCAAGACUCGUUAAAACAGAGAAUAGAUCCACAUUUGAAGCAACCGAGAUUGCGAAUAUAAACGGAUAUCACGAAGAAAAAAAAACUGUCUACAACAUUACUUCACAUUGUCUGAAGUACAUGCUUGAUUUAUUUGAAUAUAUGAACUGGUUAUAUCAUUUAGGUAUAGGUUAUACAUGAAAUACAGAUGAACGAAUAUCCAGGAUAGUCUUCAUGUAAUAAAUUUGAGAUGUGGUACCAGCAAUGAGCAAGGGCACUGACAUCAUGGGAAUGGAUUUACAUAUUUAUGACAAGCUGGUGUCGGUGCCAGUGUCAGUGCCAUGAAAAAAAAAAUCAGUUUGGUUGUUGUAAUAUUUCAACUGUGGUAAAAAUUUAUGUUCCUCUCGCAAUGUUUUUAUGAAAAUUACAUCUUUUUGUGAUUAUAUCUUUUAUGUCUUUUAUCUAUCAACAUUUUUCUUGAAAAUAGCUAUGAAAUGCUUAUUUUGUUCCUUUUGUCACUACCAGUUCAUAAUUUGCGCAAUACAAUGCAUACAAUACAGUUUACGCCUAAUGGCGUAGCAUGGGCUCAGUCAAUGGGGGGGGGGGGGCACCGGUAUUUAGUCUUCUAGAUCAGUGUUUAUCAACCAUCUUUUAGUCACUGUACCCUUUUAGAAUUUAAAAGUUUCACGUCACCCCAAUCCAAAAUCCAUCGAAGAGGAUUUAUUGUCCACCCCUUGUACAUGUAUAUAUAACAUGUAUACAUAAGUUAUGACUCAAUUGACAAAGUACAUAAGUUAUGACUCAAUUGACAAAGUAAAUACGUCAUAACAAAUUGUUUGUGUUGUAAAUAGUUUGUAUAAAUACAAUUCGAUUGUACCCUAACAGAUACUACAUUGUUAUCUGAUAUCCAGAAGUAAAUGUGACAAACCUUAUGGGGAACACAUAAAUUAUGCAUAACAAUACUGGUGGGUUUGAUUACAUACAUUACUUCUCUAUUAUAUGCAUGAAUAAUUGUGUACAAUAAUGUACCUUUUCACGAAGAAUGAUUUCAUUGAAUGUUAUAACAUUAUGAUUGGGUGGUGGAACUAACAAACUAACUUUGGUCUGUUUAUUGUGUAGUCUGUCUUAGUAAGACUAGAAUGUGUAUGACUGGUCUUUUAAAAAGUGAAAAGAAUUGUUGACAUGUCAUAGUCCAAAUCUUAUGGACACUGUUUGGUGAUUUUGAGAAAUAUACAAAGAUUCUUAUGGAAUUGAUGAAUAUCAAUUAAAAUAAUGUUUUGUUAGUGGGAAAUCAUCAAUUGAAA